CAAGAACACUACUUUACAGCUAAUAUAAACAGAGAAUAUCUAUAAAAAUCUUUGUUUCUACAUUUCCCCGUUCUGCUUCUUGAGCUAAACUUGGAUGGAUGGAUGGAUGUAAGUAGCAAUGCAUCGUCUACCUCGAUUCGUCCUUUCUAGCGAGAAGCGUAAAGAGAUCCAGUCGAGGAAGAAAGGCAGGAGACUCGAGCGCAUGUAUGCGAGGAAGAACAUGGAGUACGAUGCAACGAGUUCUCACUCCUUCUCGGACGGGUCACGGAGUCAGUUACUCGAUUCGACGCCGAGUAGUUUCAGAAUUGAAGGGAAUGUAGGGGAACUCGAGGAAAUUUACAGGAAAUUAGGGUUUUCGGGGCCAGAAGAUUUUGAGAUACCAGAGGAGGCGUGGGAGGCUAGAAAAAAUCGUUCUUCUGAUUCUGUACAACCGGUUGAUUCUUCUGAUAUUGUAAUGGAAAUUGAAAGCCUUAGAUUAGAUCAAACUGUUGCAAUUGUUCGUACCACUGAAUUAAUUGGGAAUCGAUUAGUGCCCGCUUCUUCAAUUUCUGGUCAUGGUAGCUCAGAAGGAGGCACUAAGUGUGUUCGUCCACCUUUUCUCUCUCCUCCGCCGGCGAUUUCACUGCCGGUGAUGGAUGAUACGUGCUCAAACUGGGACUUAGUGAAUUCUUUUGCGCCUUUUAAUGCUUCUUAUUCGGAGAGAGAGUUGAAUUCGGACGGUGAUGGAGGAGGCCUUGUGGAUGUAUCGAAGCGGAAAGAAGUGAAUAGUUUGAUGUUUGGGGAGACGUCUUUUCUAUCUCGGUCAUGUUCAUUUACUACUACUUCAAAUGAAGACGAUUCUUCUAGUGCUACUACAGAGCGCACAUUGAACAUAUCUCCCAAUGGAAGAUUCAGACCCACUAUCACUUCUUGGCAGAAGGGUGACCUUCUUGGACGUGGGUCAUUCGGCUCUGUUUAUGAAGCCAUUUCUGAUGAGGGGUUCUUUUUUGCGGUAAAGGAAGUUUCCUUGCUGGAUCAAGGUGAACUAGGAAGACAAAGUCUUUACCAACUUGAACAGGAAAUUGCUCUUCUGAGCACACUUGAGCAUGAUAAUAUUGUACUAUACUAUGGAACCUAUAAGGAUGAAAUAAAUCUAUAUAUAUUUCUUGAGCUUGUGAAUAAAGGGUCCCUUUUAAGCCUCUAUCAGAAAUAUGAUCUCCGCGUCUCCCAGAUCUGUGCAUAUACAAGGCAGAUCCUGCAUGGCUUGACUUAUCUGCAUGAACGAAAUGUGGUCCACAGGGACAUCAAAUGUGCGAAUUUAUUGGUUGACUCGUAUGGUUCUGUUAAACUUGCAGAUUUUGGUUUAGCAAAGGCUACGAAGUUGAAUGAUUUAAAAUCCUGCCAAGGGACUGCAUUUUGGAUGGCCCCAGAGAUUCUCAGAAAUGAAGGUUAUGGACUUGCAGCUGAUAUAUGGAGCCUUGGCUGUACUGUAUUAGAAAUGCUAACCCGUCAGUUUCCAUAUGCUCCAUUAGAACAUAUGCAAGCAUUAUUUAGGAUAUUUAAGGGCUUUCCACCAUCAGUUCCCGAGUCUCUUUCUGAAGAUGCACGAGACUUUAUUUUAAAGUGUCUACAACUUAAUCCAAAUGCUCGUCCAACUGCCUCACAACUCUUGAAUCAUCCUUUUGUGAGGAGACCACUUAAUACCUUCUAAGGCUUUGCAAGUUGAAAUCAAUUUUGGAGUCUUUUGAGCAACAAUGUGCAUAGUGACCAUUCCAUUUUAACCAUCAAGAGCCAAAAAUUACGGGGUGAAUUUUAAUAACUUGAGGUAAAUCUUCAUGUUCUUUCGUUAGAUCAUAGAUGGAUUUCCACUUGUAUGGUUGAUCCUUGGGUUUCUUUUCUAACCCUGAGAUGGUGAAUUGCUUAUCUAACUAAAGGCAGUGUCUGAUUGGGCUAGAUGAUGGCUAAAACAAUCUUUGUUCUACAAACAACCUGCACAAACUUCAUGAUAAUCUAACAAUUGGAUCAUCGGCAAGAAUCGUUUAAAGGUGGCAUAAUUCCCGGUUUAUCUAGCAAUCUACACCUUUCAUACCAAAUGCAUAUGGAUUUGUAUCAGAAAAAUUGAUCUGAACUUAGUUCAGCCUAGAUCCAUCCAGCUACUCCUAUAAUAUAGGCGUCAUUGAUAGAAUACGACUCUUCUGAAUAGAGGCAGUGUCAAAUUGGGUUCGAUGAUGGCUUAAAAAAACCGCGUUCUUCAAACAAACUACAAAUUUCAUGAUAAUCGAACAAUUGGAUCAUUGGCGAGAGUGGUUUGAAGAUGGCAUAAUUCCCUAUUUAUUCAGCUAGCAACACUUUUCAUACCGAACAUAUGGAUUUGUAUUGAGAAGUUCAUCUGAACUUAGUCCAACUUAAAUCCAGAUUCAUAUUUGUCUAAAAUAGGUGUGGUGAUAGAAUGGCCCCUCGGACUAGAGGCAGAGUCCAAUUACGCUUCAUGAUGGCCCCUCGGACUAGAGGCAGUGUCCAAUUACGCUUCAUGAUGGCUAGUAAAAAAAAACGGUUCCUACAAAUUAUCCAAAUCUCAUCAUAAUCGGAUUCGACCGUUGACGGGAUUCGCUUGAAGGUGGCAUGAUUUUCGGGUUGUCCAGCUUUUCAUGUAUCAAAAAAAUCAUUUGCGGUGUAGGAGCGAGAUCGUGUUUCCAAAUUGGGGGUGUGGAAAAUAAGUGGAGCGUUAAAUGUUAGCUCUAUGUGAAGGUGGGAACAAUCUCAAUUGUUUGAAGAACAAGCCAAACAAAGCAAUUUCUCCAAGGGCAAAGCAUAUGGCUUUUUAAUACGUCUAUCUUGUCCACAAUUUUUGUACUAUGGAAUGAUGUAAUGUAUUUUAUUUUUUAUUUUGCAUAGCCUUGUAUUAUAAUGUGUUUUUUGAAACUAUUCUAUUGGGAAUUAUCUAGUGAUUCAAUCAAUUUU